ACCAGAACGAACUUCAUGCAAAUUUCAUUUACUAUCUCAUCGACUUUUCCCCCUUGCGUCCACUAGACAGACCGAGUGCCCUUUCGAUCGCAUCGUAAUUGGUCACAGUGUUCUCCGUACUUUAUACCGGGGCGAUUCUGGGAUAAUUGACUUCAGUACCUUCCCCGUCUAUAGCAACCGCUGUUCCUCCGACUCCCAACAAGAUGGCGGAAGAGGAACGUCCGACCAAGAUCCGCAAACUCUCCCCCUCCUCCAAGUCACAAGCAGCUCACUCUCAUACUGAAUCGGGCCCCUCUGUCCCUUCUUCCUCCGACAACGCAAUCCUCGACACGAUGACUCCAACAGUCGACAACCCCCACCAUGACUCCCCCGAGCCAUCAGAGCACCCAUCCCUAGCCUCCACCCCCGACGGAACCACACAAAACAUGCCCGAUCCAUCGCAGGAUCCCGGCGCUGACCCUUCCAAGCCCAUGUCAAAGAACCAACUAAAGAAGCUUCGCCGGAAAGAACACUGGGAAUCCCAGCGCGACGCCCGCAAAGUGAAGCGCAAACUCGAGCGCAUCCGCCGCAGCGAGCGCAAACGCGCCGAAAAAGCCUCCGCCCCCGCCCUCCUACCCUCCACGGACGCACCGGAAUCCGCGGACGCCGCUCCCCAGCCCGGAAGCCGACCGCCCCCACGCCGCAAGCCGACGGUUGUCCCGAUCACGAUCCUGUUCGACUGCGCGUUCGAGCCGCUGAUGACGGAGAACGAGCUGAAGUCGUUGGGCAGCCAGAUCACGCGGUGCUACUCGGACAAUCGGCAGGCGAAGUACCGGGUGUGUUUGGGGGUGGCGUCGUGGGGAGGGAAGUUGCAGGAGCGGUUCGAGGGGGUGUUGGAGUCGCAGUAUAAGAUGUGGAAGGGGAUGCAGUUUCGGGAGGAGCCGGUGGAGGAGGUGGUGGGGAUGGCGAGGGAGUGGAUGAAGGGGGGGAAGUAUGAGGGGGCGUUGAAGAAGUGGGAGAUGGGGGAGGGAGGGGAGGAAGGAGAUAAGUUAGAGGAAGGGCGGACAGCGGAGAAGGGUGAGGGACGGGGAACUCUUCCUGAAGGAGAAGUCAUUUAUCUCUCCAGCGAAUCGGACGAAACGCUCACGGAGCUGAAACCCAACAGCACGUACAUCAUCGGCGGACUCGUCGACCGUAACCGGCAUAAAGGCCUCUGCUACAAGACCGCGGUGGAGAAGGGCAUCAAGACCGCCCGCUUGCCGAUUGGCGACUAUCUGCAGAUGAGCUCGCGGAAAGUGCUGACUACGAAUCAUGUCAAUCAGAUUAUGUUACGGUGGUUGGAGACCGGGGAUUGGGCGGAGGCGUUUUUGAAGGUGAUUCCGCAGAGGAAGAGGGCGGCGUUGAGGAAGGGGGAGGAGGCGGAGGUGGAGGAGGAGGUGGAGGAGGAAGCAGAGGACGGUGGAAAUGGUGAGGAGGAUAGGGUGGAGAUGGACAUGGAGAUUGGCGAUGAGGCAGUAAACGAUGAUCAUGAGACUAAAGAGCAGGUGGCAUAGGCACAACCAUAGCCGUUGGAAUUGGCACGAGGAAACUUGUCGAAUAGGGUUUAUUUGCACUGUACAGAAUCGCAAGCGUACACAUGGUUUUGCCAACGAACACCAACUCCCCGCAAAAGAUGAAAAUGUAAACACGAAUUCUCCGAUCCAUCAUCAGGCGCCUCUUGCAAG